GAAAGCAGGCCCAAAGUCUUGUUCUUCUUUUCUUGUUCCCCAAACUUUCUGAAAAAUUCUGUACUCUGCUAAGAGAGAGAAAGUAGAGAGAGAAAGCUAUGGAGUUUGUACUAGAACAUGGCAAGAAAUCUCACUCCGACUGCUCCACUUUAAUACUGCCAUCUUUAUCAAUAGGAAAUGUGGGGCAAUUAGCAGUGGAUUUGUUGAUAUCAUCAACUGGUUCUGAGAAAAUCGGGUAUUUGGAUGAUCCGAAUAUCCUUCCUUGUGUUGGUAAUGACGCUUUUGGCCCUCUUCCUCAUGGAGACCUUGCUCUUCCCCUUGAAGUGUAUGAUUCAGUUUCGAGUAAAUUGACUUAUGUUCAACAAAGAUCUCCAGUAGUUAAGGGGAUGAUGGUUCAAUUUGCCCAAAAUUUGGCUGAAAUUGCCGUUGCUGCUGGAAUGAACCAUGUUAUUGUACUUUCUAGCUUGGACUUUGGGCGGUGGAAAAAGGUCGAUAUGUCCAGUGGAAUGCCUAUUCAUUACCUCUCAAGCACCAAUGCGGAUGGAAGUGAUGAUGAUUGUGAAAAGCUUGGAUGGAAACGACUGCAAGAGUACACUCCUUCUCAAGGGCGAUGGCAGUAUCUUAGCACAGUUGCUGAAGGCAAUAUCGUUGAGGAAAAUUCUGUUCCUUUUGAUGAUGAUCUAGAAAAAGAUGAAGAUUAUUAUGCCAGUUUGCCUUUCGCAGCACUAUUUUCUUGCUUUAAGGCGAGAGGUUUGAAAGUGACUUGCUUGCUCUGUUACUGUUCUGAAGGAGAUAACAUAUGUGAUUCCUUUAAUCUUGCUGAGGCUGCAUGCAAAAUUUCAGGACUGCGCCCUAGUGAUUGCCACUCGGGUGAAGAUAGAGGGUGGAUCACCCCACUUUCAUGGAAGAGUGUGUAUGGACCACCUCCAGAUAUGGAGAUGUUCUAGGCUGAUUGAAGCUGGAAAGCGUAGGACAUUUAAUACAUGUUGAACCCUAUGUUUAUUAGUUUACAAAUCCAAGUACAAGAAAACAUGAGUCAGAAGAUCCAGCUGCAAAGGAGUUGAAUUCACAACAAAGCUUCUGUGGCUGAGGUUGUUUCAUUAGGUACUCUUCCUUAAUCACCAUGUGAAUUGGAAUUGUAUGGUACAGUAUUAGUCCUUAAUUACAGUUUACAGCUCUGCCUCUGCUCUUUAUGUAUCGGUUUUGAUUGUUAACAUAGUAGGCAUAUUUCUUUGUUUCUUCUCAAUCCAUUAGUAUACUUUCUGGGUUGUAGAGUUGAUUUCGUUUGGUUUAUUCAGGUUUCUUUUAUGCUUUGCUUAUA